AUGUCUACGUCCAUAUCGACAUCGUCCAACACCAAGUUCCCGAUGGAUUUUGCCGAGAAAAUCAACCACCGCCGCCGAAUUCAUAUAUAUUACAUUGACACAAGCGGAACCGACAUUGUCGACGUGGCGGCCGAAUAUAAAAAGUUGGGCGAGGACUACCCCUUUCCGGACGAGGCUGAGUUUCUCGUCUUGUCCAAAGUCCCUUGGCGCAAGAUUGUGGGAUGGAUUGAAUUCGAGCCGGUGGGGAUGGAAUCCACCCUCGACGUGCUCGGGACCGGCCCUUCCCGCACUCGCACGACAUCCAAAAGCACAUUUUACGCCAACGAGGCCUAUCGUGGUACGGUCAAAGUAGAUAAAAACGGCAACGUCAUGGAGAGGGGCGGCUUGAACGGUGGCGGGAUGCAGGGUAGUCACGUCGGGACAAGCAAUAACCGAUGGGCUUACCCUUAG